AUGUAUGUAUGUUCCCCCUUGCUGCGAUGUAUGUUUCAUGUCGCAGGCCAAAAAAUUUGCAUUCUCCGUGGGCCCACGAAACGGAAUCCACACACCCAUAGAGGCGUGUGUUCAUUCACUCACAUUGGAAAUUGCAAAUUAAAGUUUGCCCACGCCGCAGCUGCGUACAAGUGGUAUACCGAAAAGUGCGGCAUUGCAUCUCUGGGCUCGUCCGAUCUCGCUCAUGAAUCUCUUUUCUUGUCAUAUGCAAAUGUAGUGCCCACAAGACUAUUGCCUGAACGACAUGCUAGCAGCUUUUAUCAGAUCGUAGCAUGCUAUCCGCAUCUCUUGAUGCCCAUAGUGCUCCCUGCCUGUGCUAAUAUCUACUGUCGAUCUCUAACUGCUCUAUUCAGAUUUACAAGCGCCAUAUUAGCUUCUUGCAGCGUUCAUUGGCUCUACAAGACGAUACGUUCGCCUUUACACACUUGUUCGCAAAUAAGCUUUCGUUUCCGAGGCAUUAAUCUUGCCUUGAAAUUCCGCUCUUGA